GCCGUCACGGCAGUAACGCCCUUCUGCCCGAAGCUGAGGCUUCAUUCAGAGCAACCAAGGGUGUAUUUUUGCAGUAUUUCUUGAGGUUGUUACAAAAGAUAUGGGAAGGAGACUGCUGGAAUGAGAGCUGUAGUGACACCUGCUGUGCUUGCUGUUGUUGGAGACAGGUGGCUAGACUGUGAUCUGAGCACAACUGGCAAUUCUUAUAUUUCUCUUUCUACAGCAGGAGGAGCCUUCUUCAGACCAUGCAAUCUUGCCUCUAAGAAGGCAGUAACAAACAAGGUUCCAAAGAUGCUACUUUACUCCGUUUUUUGUCUGUGCUUUCUCAUUUAUUUCUCAUCAGCUUCAACUAAGGAUGAGCUGCUCCCCAAAAUUGGCAACAAACAUAUGGUGACAAACAAGGAUGCUGCCUCCCUGAUAAAUGCCCAAAAAUCUCAGAUUUAUGCAGAAUAUUUUGCAAGAGACUGCAGGGCAGCUUACCACCGUGGCAGGAAGCAAAGUGGCCUGUAUGUCAUCCGCCCCAAAUACUCUCCCUUACUGGUCGUCUACUGUGAAAUGGAGUAUGAUGGGGGUGGCUGGACAGUCCUGCACCGAAACGAUGUCAACCAAAAGACAGCUUGGUCACAGACAUGGAGUUCUUAUAAAUAUGGCUUUGGGGACCUGAUGGGAAACCACUGGCUUGGCAAUGAAUACAUGCACCUCUUAACCAACCAGAACCCCUUCUCGGCACGAUUUGUCAUAACCAAUCGUAAUGGGGAAACUAAGUAUGCCGAAUACCAGAGUGUUAAAGUGGAUAGUGAAAAUAGUGGUUAUGCCCUGAGGCUAGGGAACUAUUCAGGGAAUGCUGGAGAUGCACUGACCACUAUAGGUGAAUCAGGAAUCCAUGACAACAUGGGGUUUUCCACCCAAGACCAGGAUAAUGACCGGAGGGCUGGUACGAACUGUGCAUUAGAUAAUGGUGGUGGCUGGUGGUAUGAUAACUGCUACUCAGGCCUCCUAACCAGUCACAUUUUCUGGAAGGGAUUGUGUUCAGACUCUAAGCCCUGUACAUUAGCAUCCAUCAUGAUUAGACCAAAUGGAAAAAACUGCAACAUACCUUCAAGAUAUUAAUUGUUUCUUGUUGCUUUAAAAGGCUUCCUCUCACUACAACUAUUAAAUAUUUUGGCCCCAAUCUUGACUUGGUAUAUAUACCAGUGCUGAAGUGAAGAGAAUCAUAACAGUCUAUUACACUUUUCUGAGUGUGAAAAGGUAGUGGCUUAUUUAAAACAGAAGGCUAAUACAGAGCUCAAAUGUUUUUAUCUCUGUGCUUUUAAUGAAAAACAUAAAAAUUCGUUGUGAUUUACAAAUACCUGCAAUAAAAAAAUAGA